CUGAAUGCUUCCCCAAACACCCCUCCCUUCUCGCGCUCUUCGCUUUUUGUCUCAAACGCUCGAAGUGACAGUAGCCACAUGUACUACUACCACCAGCGCUCAGAAGAAAAACAACGGAUUUUAAGUGAACUAAAGGUAUAGGCUGGAGUCUGUGCAUGUCCAUGGUGUUUUGAUACAGAACAGGAUGUGACAUCAGCAGCCCUCACAUCUUCUGCUUGUGCAGAUGGGGCAUGAGUGAGGAGCCCCGCCCUCAUUUGCCCAGCUGACCAAUCAGAAUGUUUGAGGUGAAGCCCAUGAGCGUGGAGAAGAAGGACACAGCUGCAGGAACAGAUGAGGGCAGUAAGGUGUGUGACGGGGGUGUCGGCGGUCCAGGAGGGGAUUCUCUGUAUCUUUACGAGGGUCAGGACUGGGUCAUCUCCCCCUCCUGCUCUCCGGAGGAACCCAGUGUCAUCUCACCCGUGCUGGCCGAGGAAACCUUCCGCUACAUGACAUUUCUAGCUGUUGGUUCCUCUUAUCCCCAUAAUGGCUCUAACAGCCUCUCUAAAGUCCUCAGCGCUGACCGGGUGGAGCAGAUGACCAAGACCUACAAUGACAUUGACGUGGUCACGCACCUCCUGGCUGAAAGGGACCGUGACCUAGAGCUGGCGGCUCGGAUCGGUCAGUCUCUCCUACAGAGGAACCACGUGCUGCAGGAGCGAAACGAAUCUCUGGAGGAGCAGCUAGCGCAGGCCUUAGACCAGGUUCAUCAGCUUCAGCAUGAGUUGACGAAGAAGGAUGAACUCCUCCGUAUGGUGGCGAGCGCCAGCGAGGAGAGCGAGACCGACUCCAGCUGCUCCACGCCGCUACGUCACCUAGCGCCCGCCGGGACCGCGCUCGCCCUCAGCCAGCUGGACGCCCUCCAGUCCAAACUCCAGGAGCUAGAGGAGGAGAACCUGUCCCUGAGAUCAGAGGCCUGUCACCUGAAGAAGGAGACCAGCACUUAUGAGGAGAAAGAACAGCAACUGGUGAACGACUGCGUUAAAGAGCUGCGAGAGUCGAACAGUCAGAUCGUUUCUCUGGCAGAUGAGCUCUCGCAGAAGAACGAGGAUUUAAUGAGACAUCAGGAGGAGAUCGCACAACUCCUCUCACAGAUCGUCGAGCUCCAGCAGAGAGUCAAAGAGUUGGCACUAGAGAAAGAAGAGCUGAGAAUUCACCUUCAGGCCUCAAAGGAAGCCCAGCGGCAGCUCACAGCAGAACUGAAGGAGUUGUCAGACAGGAAUGCCGAGUGUGUGGGAAUGUUGCACGAGUCUCAGGAGGAGGUCAAGGAGCUGCGCAGUAAGAGCACGCCGCCUGCAGGCCUGCGCAGACACCCGUCCUAUGGACUCUACCCUAUGGAUUCUUUGGCAGCUGAGAUUGAAGGAAGUAUGAGAAGAGAGCUGAGCGUAGAAGAGGAAAUUGCCUUCGAGGACCAGAGGUCGACCCACAAGCGUGUGUUCCAGACGGUGCGGUCUGUCAAUCAGUCGGUGAUGAGAGCGGCUGCCGCAGUGCCUCCGAUCCCUGGCUCCGCCCACAGCGGCGUGGUCAUGACCCCGGUGCCCUAUCAGUCACACACCCCCAACACAGAGGAGCGAGCUGGAGACGUGGACACCACCAAAGAGAACUUUCAUGUGGGGCAGCCCGGCUCUCCCGGAGGAAAUGACCUCACAUCAGCCCUAAACCGCCUCUCCCUGCGGAGGCAGAACUUCCUGUGCGAGCGACAGUUCUUCCAGGCCGAGAGAGAGCGGAAGCUGCAGGAGCUGGCGGCUGCGGAGUCGGAAGAGGGCGGGAGCGGCUGCAGUUCACCAAUGGGAAGCACCGUCUCGUCUUUCACCAACCUAUCAGAGUUCUCCUUCUCCUCCAGCUGCUUCAAGACAUUUCUGCCUGAAAAACUGCAGAUUGUUAAACCAAUGGAAGGUUCUCUGACUCUUCAUCACUGGCAGCAGCUCGCUAAACCCCACCUGGCCACUAUUCUAGACCCCCAUCCGGGCGUUGUUACCAAAGGCUUCCGCCCUCUCCCUGAGGACAGUGUUUACCAUCUGGCUGACCUGGAAGAGGACGAAGACCAGGAGAAACUGGCGUGGGAACACAAGAGAAAAGAGGAGGAGCCACAGGAUGCAAAGAUAAAAGAGGAAGACGAGGAGGAGGAGGAAGGAAUCACAUUUAACGUGCGCUCGUCAUCCACUCCGGAAGAGACGAGAGAGAGGAGGUGUGUCCAAAGCCCAGUUAAUGUCCCGCCCCUUCCUGCAUCCCUCAGGAAUUCCCCUGCUCCUGCGGUUAGUUCAGGAAUCUCCGGAUCAGCGGCUCCACAGUUCGAGCUGAAUCUGGGAUCUAAAGCGACCUCUACAGCUGUAAAUCCUGGGAAAUAUCAGAGCUCCACUUUUUCCACGUACACCUUCACUACCUGCCGGAUCCUGCAUCCCAGUGACAGCACACAGGUUACACCCAGCUCUGCCUGCAGUCCUUCUGUGAGUGAUUACACCCCCAGUUCUCUCCGGGCCGGUCCCAGUACUCCAGUCACACCCUGCAGGUUGAGUCUGGGCGAUUCUUUCCCUGUUCGCCGCCCUGCAGCGCCCCCUGGUGGUCUCGCCAAGAUCCUGCUGGAGAAAGGCAUCUCUGCUCAGGGUCCCGCUGCUGUGCCAGCCCCCAAAAAGCCUCUUUCUCUACGUCGUCUUCCCGGCACUCCUCCAAACUCCCCCUCCCACUCCCCAUGCUCCUCUCCAGUGCCCUUCGACUCCCGAUCCACCGCUUUGGACAACUUCCUAGCAUCCCGUCCCGCCGAGCUCUUCCUGCAAGAUGUCUACGGGCUGAAACUCGGCCGUGCCCCGCGACCCGAUCUCCUGAGCCCCGAUCGAUCUUCUCAUGGGCCUUCGAUCAAACCCGACUGCCACGCCUUCAACCUCGUGGAGCAUCUUCGCAAACUAGGCUUGGAUAAAAAAGUCCUGCAUGGGUCAGACGCCGAAGGCGCCCAUCCACAGGGAUCUGCCACCUUCCUAGCAACAGGAGGAGGCAGCUUAUUGGACGGGCUUCGGCGAAAUCAAAGUCUGCCUGUCAUGGUUGGCCGGUGUAGUGCAUCCGUCUCCAGUCCGUCCUGUCCUGUCCCGCCCCCUCACCCCACUUCCCUGGCCCUUCCAACUCCACCAUGGGGGAACAUAAACAAACCGCACCACACACGUAGACACGCCUCCCUUUCUCAGGCCACGCCCCACCUGCAUAAUUCAUAAGAAUGUGGGCGUGGUCUCCAACCAACAGGAGUGACUUCAUAUCUAUCCCUCAAGAGACUAAAAGACAUUUAAGAUUGUUUUUAAAGCACAAAAAUGAAGUUAAAGUGUCUUUUAUGCCAUGUUUAUGCUAAAAUGAAGAUUUGUAAAGGCCUUAUACCACCAAAGAAGAAACUUAAGACUUCUAAUCCCAUUUAAAAUGUCUUUUUUCCUUUAUUGUUCAUCUAUGUCCCUUUAUCCUUUAUUUAGUCUCAUUAACAAGUCACCGCACUUAUUUUUCCUCCAUUAACACACGAGGCUGUGGAGUUUGUGUAGUGUUGGAUAGAUCAGGAAGGGAUGUGUACGUGUGGAGGGUUGUUGAAUGUUGAACCGAUGGAAGGAAGUUUAAAGGAAUGCUGUAAAGAACUGGAAAUAUGAAGGUUCCUGUAAGUUAAAAGUGAAUCCUAGUGAAUCAUAGAAACAAGAUUGAGGUGAUGAACACAAACAAAAAUGGAAUAUGGUAAGUGAUAUAGAUGGUCGCAUCCCCACAGCCUCGUUUUAGGGGUUUGUCUUGAUUCAUUCAGCAGUUCCUGUGAGUUCCUCUGUGUAGUUGAUCAGUCCAUCAUGUGUUAUUGAUAGCUAGUCUUUUAGACAUCUAGUAGAACAUAUACCUGCCAUAUUGUCUAUUUCUGCAACAUCACAGGUGCAGGUGGAAGGUAAAAAGCACCAUGCUGGAGUAUCUGGACGUAAGCUCCUCUUUUUCUUGGCACUGAAUUGGUUAUUGGGAAGUUUUGUCACAAAGGAGCAGGUCUGGAUUGCUGAGGAUAUAUUUGGGUUCGUACAGGCUCUUGUUCUUCUACAUGUAACUGGUGUAUUAUUUGAAAUAAUAUUUCAGGGACUGUGUAUUUAAGGGAAAUGAGUGAUUUGUUCAUAUUUACACUCAAAAGGCAAUGUACUUUAAAGUUUGGCUUGAAAUGAUUCUGCUACUCAAACCUGAAGACAAGGGAGUUUGAUUCUUUUGAUCAUUUUUUUUUCUCCAGGUUUCCAUUCUAUUUGCAUUUACACCCCUUACAUAUAAAGCAUACAAGUCGUAUUUUUAGUGAAUAUAGAAACCUUUCUGAACUUAAGUAGCCAUAAAGAUGUCAACCACUAUAUUACCUAGUCUUGACACUUUGACCCCUGAAUGAAUUCUUUAGUGACACCGAUUGUGCUUCCUUGUCAUCUUCACUACUUUCUUAAUUUUAUGCAUUUUUCAUUUUUAACCCACUAGAAUUGUGUUUUUAGUAAAUAGGCAUUACAUGUGUUAUCUAACAGUAAGACUAGAGUACGUUCAUACACUUAACCUGCGAGAUCGCUCCUAUUAUUUACUAACCAUUCAGCUAGGAAUGAGAUUUUAAUACAUUUCAUGUUUUUGGUGGAGUUUGAGAAGGGACUCAAGUUUCAAAGACCUUUUUGGGUUUAAACCAAAACUAUUUGUCUGUUUUGCCUGAAUUGUCAUUUUAUAAGCUAAAAUGUGUGUGGAUGUGUUUGUGGUAAACUGACCUCGUGUGUUUUCCAGUAAAUGACAUAAUGACAGCACAACCAUCAGUUUGGUUCAGGAACUGUUACAGGAGUGACAUUUAAUAAGCUUUUGUCAGCUGUGCCAGGAACACGAUCUAAACUUGGUCAAAUGAAUCAUCCCAUCAUACAACUUCUUCAGAAUAAUACCAGCAUGCAUCUCGAAUCCAAGCUGAAGUGUAUGGUACUAAAUGCAUGAUUUGAUUUCUGUAUCAAAGUGUCCUUAUUUACAUCCUGCUGUUGAUGUCACCAAGCUCUCUGCUUCCAUUGAGGUCAAAGGUCAAUGCUUGAAGAUGAUGCCACAAGUUGUGCCAUCAAGCACCAGAUGAUUUCUUUUGUGUUUAGCUGUCAGAACCCUGUAUUAGUAUGUUUGUUGUUGUUUAUAUAUAUAAUAAAACAUAUUAAUGUCU